AUGUCGCGCGCGGGUCCUCGUCCUCGCGCCCGCGCGCGCGUCGUCGCGUCGCUCAUCGCUUCGUGCGCGGCGUUCGCUCGCCUCGCGCGCGCGGACGCGACGAGCGCGUCGUCGCCGCAUCCGUACCUGUCGUUCGACGUCUCCAACAUCAACACCGACGUCAGCGCCGACUUCUUCGCCGACGCCUCCGCGAUCGGCGGCUCCACGGACUCCGCGGAGUACUUCAAGUGCCGACACGGGUGCGUGUCGAGCGACGCGGUGACGCUCGAGUUUUGCGACGAACGCGUGCAGUACACGUUUUGUAAACGAGGGAGCGCGGCGACGCUGGCGGCGGGGACGAGCGAUCAAGCGAGCGUGGAUCUGAUGGAGCAAGCGCUGCGAAAGCAGUACUUGAAUUUGAUUCGACAGCUGACGUUCGAACCGACGGCGGGGUGUCGAGCGACGCUGCGACGAUGGUUUUGUUUCGAAUACUUUAGUCGGUGCAACGUGGACGAGACGCGGUUCAUGCCCACGUGCACGGCGACGUGCAUCGCGGUGAAAAAAUCGUGCGGGGAGGCGAACUCAGCGUUCAUAAACUGUGGUUUGGAGUACGAGGAGCAAGAUUUCGGCGGAAACACGCCGGCGACGUUUUACACGGGCGGCUCGUACGACGGCAACGGCACGUACUACAACGACGCCGAAGGGAAAGCGAAUGGGAAUUAUAUUUACGGCAGGAAACCGAACGGGGAAAACGGCACGGCGAUUUUCGAGCCGUCGCCGGGUAAGUGCACGGGCGGCGCCGCCCUCGCGAGCGCGCGAGUCGCGUUGUUCGCCGCGACGGUUUUCGCGUCGUUCGCGUCGAUAGCAGCUUAG